AUGCCGACUUUAUUUAACGGCAAUAAUUCUGAUAGUGAAGAGAAAUUAAAAAUAAAUACAGACUAUGCUAAAAAUUAUGAUAAUUGGCGGCAAAAAGAGGAGUUAAAUAAAUUAAAAACAAAAUAUGGAGAUAUUAAUGACAAUAUAACAUCAGAUGAAAGUUCUGAAAGUGAAAGUUCCUCCUCCUCUAAAGAAGAAAAUGAGCUAACAGAACAAUUCGAUAAAGACUUUUACAAGACAUUAGCUCUCCUAAAAAAUAGAGAUCCAAAAAUUUAUAAUCAAGAUGUAACAUUCUUUGACGACACCAACAAAGCACAGGAAUUAUACUCAGAGAAAAAAAAGGAAAAAACUAAAAAAGAGAAAGCUGUUUUUUUAAGGGAUUAUGAAAGAAAUAUUAUUGUAGAAAGAGAAGGAAAAUUUAGUGAUAGCGAGGAUGAAAUUAUAUUAAAAAAGAAUAAAGCAGAAAAUAUGAAAACCACAUAUACACAGGAACAAAAACAAUUAAAAGAAAGUUUUAAAGAUGCAUUGGAGGAUGAAGAAGAGGAAGAUGACUUGUUAAAACUGAAAGCCAAAUCUGAAAAUGAAAAAGAAAAAGAAGAAGCUGAUUAUAAGGAAUGGUUGAAAGGACAAGGGGCAAAUUUAAAUGAUAAUGAACAGGUGGUCCUUAAACCUCUGCGCGAUUUUUGGUCUAGUCCGAAUUUAGAUGCCAAUGAAAAAUUUUUGAGGGACUAUGUGCUUAAUGAUAAAUAUUCAGAUAAAAAUUAUGUGGGACCAGAUAAAGAUGAAGAUGAAAAUGAAGCUUACAUAAUUCAUGAUAGCGAUGAAAAUUUAUCAGAAGACGAAAGAAACAUUGAAAAACAAGAAGAAUUUGAACAUAAAUAUAAUUUUAGAUUCGAAGAACCUGAUCAAGAAUUUAUUAAACGAUAUCCACGUACUAUGGAAAACUCUUUAAGAAGAAAAGACACCCGUAGAUCUCAGAAAAGAGCAGAGGUGAAACAGAGAAAGGAAGAAGAGAAGCUAAGAAAGAAAGAAGAGCUUAUGCAGUUGAAAGCAUUAAAGAGGAAAGAAAUUGAGGAAAAAAUAGAGAAAUUAAAAGAGAUUACAGGGAAUGACGACAUACAAUUUAAUGAUAUCGACUUAGAAGGUGAUUUUGAUCCUACUGAAUAUGACCGAAAAAUGACUAAAAUUUUUAACGAUGAUUACUAUGCGACUCCCGAAGAUGAUAUUAAACCAGAAUUUCCGGAUAUUGAUGAGGAAUUAGAGAUCGAAGAAACGUGGGAUAAUUAUGAUCCAAGUACAGAGAGUUAUGCGAAUGAAAAUAAAUAUGAAGGACCACACUGCGAAGAUCCAGAUUUCAAUAUGGACGCGGAUUAUGAUCCAUUAAAAAAAGUUCCAGAAGAUAUAGAAACUUCUAAAAAGAGAAAACGUAGGCGAAAGUCUAAAUUCGCAGAACUUAUAGCAAAAGAAAAGCCAAAAUUCGAUCCACAACAGUAUAAAUCCUACGAAGAAUACUUUGAUAAAUACUAUUCACUGAAUUACGAAGAUAUGAUUGGUGAUAUACCAUGUAGAUUUAAAUAUAGAAAAGUUGUUCCCAAUGAUUAUGGUUUGAGUGUAGAAGAAAUAUUGAUGGCCGAUGAUAAAGAAUUAAACAAAUGGUGUUCCUUGAAAAAAGCUCUUCAAUAUAAGUCAGAACAUGUGGAACUAAAUGACGUUCAAAUGUACAAACAGAAGGCUAAGAAUGAAAUAUUGAAGAGAAAAGUACUUGCAAGCUUAUACAAGGAAUCUGAGGAAGAGGAAGAAGGAAACAAAGAAGAGAUUGUAAACCCCACUACCACUACGAAUGAAAACACGGAAUCAAAAAAGAAGCGUCGUAAGAACAAGAAAAAGAUAGAAGAAAGUCAAAACGAUACAUCUGCCGAGACUAAUCACAAAGCACCUGUAAAAGAUAAAAAAUUAGAUAAAAGCGAGAAAAAGACUAAAAAUAACGUGGCUGUUAUACAAGAAGAGUCAAAAGAGAGUUUAAAGCCUGGGAAGCGGAAGCUGUCGGAGGAACAGCUUGAAAAGCCGAAGAAGAAGAAACUAAAAAUGAACAAUCUCGAAAAACCUAAAAAUUCCAUCGAAAAUAAACCGCACGAAGAAAAAGAAGCCGAAACUAAACGUAUUAAUAAAAAAUCUUCAUUAAAAACCGAAAUCACGGAUAAAAAUGCCGAAGAGUCGAAGACGAAAUAUUCGAAGAAAGCGAAGUUAAAGGAAACAGUCACGACGAAGAAAUCCGAUAAAGGAAAGAAGAAAAACAUAAAGAAUAAGGAUCCGAAUAGCGACAUUGCUUCGUUGAAUCCAGAGAGGCUAAAGACAUAUGGAAUAAAUCCGAAAAAGUUGAAAAACAAAUUAAAGUACGGAAAGAAGAAAUAAUAACCGUGACAUAUUGUAAAUAUAAAUAUGUAUAUAACUUGUUAUUAAA